AACGCUCGUUGACUGGUGUGAGACAGGCAUCACCAGGACCAUUGACAGUAUCAGGACAGGACGACUGGCUAACAGGACACUUGAGAAGAGUUGUAAAAACUGUACAAUUAUCAGUUUAAGCGGUAUUAUAAGUUAGCCCGUCGGUGGCAGUGUUAGGGCUCUUGUAGCUGUUUCUAAGUGUGUCCGUCGGUGUUUUGCUACCUUGAGUUAGCCAACAAGGUACAGGAAGCUAACCUUAGCAAGCUAGCAGUACCAAUGAAAGUUACAGUAACAUGACGUUAGUUAUAACGUUAGAUGACAUAAACACCAUGUGAAAACACCUUAUCUUGCCUUUUCUCCGAGGAGUGUCCUAUCUAACGUAGGUCAUAAUUUAAAAUUCAGAUAAACAUGGCUAAAGGUUUAAUGGUCCAAUACUAGUGAAUCCCAUUGAGAAAUCAGUGACACAAUAAACAUGUCUGUUAUUCUCAAACAGUCUGAGUCAUGGGCCGAUUGAAGAAAGUCACAGUUUUAAGUACAUUUUGUCUUUAUUUUUCACUCUUUUUCAAGAAGCUGUUGAACUUUGUCACAAUGCGACGACUUUUAACAAGAACGAUAAACCGACUUUUGCUGGGUGAGCAGUUCACAGCAGCGAUGGGUGUAGAGGAACAAAUACACACAGAAGGCCGCCGAAGGCUGGUGGUCGGCCUGGGUAACUCAGGGAUGGAGGGUACCAGACACAGCGUCGGCAUGGCGGUGCUCGGCGCGCUCGCCACCCGGCUCAGCGUGGGUGACCGUUGGCGCAGCGACAAGCACGUGUCCGGUGAGGUCAUCGUGUCAGAGGUAGAACGCACACAUGUGGUGCUGCUCCGUCCCAGGCUGCUGAUGAACGUCAACGGAGUGUCAGUGGCCAAAGCAGCUCGUAAAUAUUGCAUCAAGCCUGAAGACAUCCUGCUGGUCCACGAUGAACUGGACAAACCUCUGGGCAAAAUCACCAUCAAACAUGGAGGAAGCGCCAGAGGUCAUAAUGGAGUCCGCUCCUGUGUAGACUGUCUUCAGACUAAUGUGAUGCCCAGACUUCUGGUCGGGAUCGGCCGUCCGACAGGGAAGACGCCAGUGGACCGUCACGUCUUGGGCAGGUUCUCCUCAGAUGAGAAGAAAGUUCUGGACUCUGUUCUUGUCCAGAGUGUGGACCUCCUCCUUAAACAGCUCUCUCAACAAGACUCCCAACAAGACCCCCAGUCCCCCUCUUCACCAGCAGGGGGCAGACGCGCAGCACAGAAGAGGAAGGAGCCCUCAGCCUCUCCAGCUGAGGACUCUGCUGCUGGUCAGAGCUGAAGCUCAAAGUUUCUGAACUCAGGCAGAAGGAGAAAUCAUGAACCUUUGCAGAGAGAUUAUUUAUUGAGAAUCAAGAGGGAAUGCUUUGACAAGUGGAAAAUGCUUGAAAACAUCUUUCUAAAACAAAGCACUCAUUAAUGUAUAUAUUUGACAGUUAAGGGGGUUGAGACAAUCAUUGGGAUUGAUGAGAGAAUAUUAUACAGUAAGUGAUGUUACGCUGUCACUGCAACAGAGGAUGAUACUGGACAGAGACCUGCAGAAAGACUCUGAGGCAUGAUGAUUGUAUACAUAUGCAUAUAUAUAUUUCUGUUACAGAUGUAUCACAGUAUAUGUUAUAAGCUGUCAGCUGAUACAUCAGCAGCAGCAAACUACAAUCACAGCACUGUUAGCAGUGAUGUAUGGCCUCAUAUGUAUCACCAGGGGACAUUGGUAAACUCACACUGUGAAGUUUUUAUUGAAACAGACAUUUUGAUCCAGAACGGAUCUUUGUUCUACGAAUGUCUUAGAGCUGGACUUUCAUUCAGUACCUCAUAUUUUGACAUGGUGCACUUAACAAUUUGCUCCUGCAGUGAGUACAGCUGUUGAACCAAACUUGAAUUACUUUAUCAUGAACAUUAUCAGCAGGCUAGGAGGUCUGUACUGUACAAGGUGCUCUUCUGUAGUGGGAGCUCUGUGAAGUAUUUGGUGCUGACAUAAAACUGGAAAUCAGA